AUGCGUGCGGAUGGACUAUCGACAAAUGGCUUUUCGCAGGCGUCCAACGGGUCGAUUCCCGCCUCAAGGAAAGCCAGCAUGAACGGCCAAUCAACCGCGGCUUCGAACGGAGAGUCGCAUACAAAUGGAUCUGGCAAGUCCCCGGCUACCUCGAGCUACUACGGACACAAUCGGGAGGAAGUCACGCGGAUCUUGAUUCAAAGUCUGUAUGAGUUGGGCUACAACAGCGCCGCAUCUAUGCUGAGUGCGGAGAGCGGCUAUCAGCUAGAGACCCCCGGGGUGGCGACAUUCCGAAGUGCUGUAUUGGAUGGACGAUGGUCGGAGGCUGAAAAGAUCCUCAUUCAGUCGUUCCGGAACGGAGAUGCACACAAUACCCAGAAACCUCCACCGGAGAAGACCUUGGUAUUAGCGGAAAAUGCCGACAGGAACGAAAUGCUGUUCUACUUGCGGCAGCAGAAGUUCCUCGAGCUGCUAGAGGCAGGUGAUUUGGGUGCGGCAUUGAUUGUUCUUAGGCAAGAACUCACGCCAUUAAACUACGAUAUUGACCGUCUUCAUUCUCUCUCCAGCCUUCUGAUGUGCCCCACGGAAUUGCUACAUGAUCAAGCUGGAUGGGAUGGCCCAACCAGUUUAUCGCGAGAACGCCUCCUCGGGGAUCUUUCCAAGUCCAUUUCCCCCUCUGUCAUGAUACCCCAGCACCGACUUGCAAUCCUGUUAGAGAAUGUGAAGCAGAGCCAGAUCAACAACUGCUUGUACCACAACACUGCUGAAUCACCAUCACUCUACUCGGAUCACAUGUGUGACCGAAACGACUUCCCAUUGCAAGUCACCCACGAUCUCAACCAGCACUCGGACGAAGUCUGGUACUGCGAGUUUUCUCACGAUGGCACGAAGCUGGUCACUGCAGGCAAGGACCACACCGUGCUCAUAUACGACACCAGUGAUUUUAGAGUACUCCACCGUCUGAAUGAUCACGGGCAGGGAGUUGCAUGUGCUAGCUGGAGUCCAGACGACACGAAGCUGAUCACCUGCUCUCAAGAUAAAAAGGCGCGGGUAUGGAACGUUGAGAAUGGGCGUUGUCUCCUCACCAUCGACCACCAUUGCGAUCCUGUAACCGCCGCCGCCUGGGCUGCCGAUGGCGAGUCAUUUGUGACGGCUUCUUUCGAUUCAAGCUCACAACUCUGUCACUGGAGCAUUCGCGGCCCGUCGCUGUACAUGUGGAAAGGCGGAUUCCGGGUACAAGAUUGCGCUAUCAGCCCAGACGGACGACGACUUGUGGCAGCAGAUACGGAAGCAAAGAUCCACGUAUUCGAUUUCCGUACAUACGAGGAAGACUACUGCCUUUCGCUUCCCAGCAAACCCACAUCAGUUGCUAUUAGCCGGGACUCAAAGCACAUGCUCGUGAAUCUGGCAGAGGGACAGAUACAACUCGUUGACAUGGAGACAGCUUCUGUAGUACGGUGUUUCACGGGUCAGAAGCAGGGCGAGUUUGUUAUCCGAAGUACGUUUGGCGGGGCAGCUGAGAACUUUGUCGUCAGCGGCAGUGAAGAUUCCCGAAUCUAUAUCUGGCACAAGGAAAAUGGUAACCUCGUGGAGACUCUCGAAGGGCAUAUCUCGGGUUGUGUCAACUCAAUAUCAUGGAACCCGACAAACCCAUCAAUGUUUGCCUCAGCAGGCGAUGACUGCGCCGUGCGCAUCUGGACCGGCGAAAACAACCGACCUCGCCCGACAGGAGGCCCAAGUCAACAGCGCGGCGUCUCAUCCAACGGAUUCCCACGAACCAGCGCAUUGAGAACCACGUCAGCAUUCUGA